AUGAUCAACUCCGUUGCCAUCUUGGCCCUUGUUGCCACCCCGGCCUUCGCCGGUGUCAUGCAGGUUGCUGGUGAGGACCACGUCCGUCCUUCCGAGCACGCUGGCGGUGUUGCCCCUCACCACACCGAUGGUUGGGAUGAGAGCUGGUCCAAGCCCACCGGCCACGAGUCCUGGACUCGUCCCACCGAUGCCUGGACCUCUCCUUGCACCACCUCCACCACCCCGGUUGAGACUUCCACCACUCCUCCUGCCGAGAGCACCACUCCCUGCACCACCUCUACCCCGGUUGAGAGCACCACUCCUCCCGCUGAGAGCACCACCCCCUGCACCACCUCUACCACCCCGGUUGAGUCGCACACCAAGCCUCCCCACAGCUGGACCAAGCCCUCGCACACUCCCUCCGGCACCACCAAGACCAUCACUGUUGUGACCACCACCUGCCCUGUCACUGACUCCACCGUCACCUCCGGCUCUUCCACCUGGACCACCCCUGUCACUGGUACCAGCACCAUCACUCUGACCCAGACCACCGUCUGCACUCUCUGUGACAACGAGAAGCCCGUGACCUCCCCCAGCCCCAUCCAGCCCGCCACCAGCGUUCCCGUCAUCCCCACCAGCGCUGUCGUGCCCCCUCCCCAGAAGCCUGCUUCUUCCGUGCCCGUUGUGCCUGCUCAGCCCUCCACCCCUGCUCAGCCUUCGACCCCCGCUACUCCUGAGCAGCCCUCCACCCCUGAGCAGCCCUCCAACCCUGCUCAGCCCUCCAACCCUGCUCAGCCCUCCAACCCUGCUCAGCCCUCCAACCCUGCUCAGCCCUCCACCCCCGCUACUCCCGAGCAGCCUUCCACCCCUGAGCAGCCCUCCAACCCUGCUCAGCCCUCCACCCCCGCUACUCCCGAGCAGCCUUCCACCCCUGAGCAGCCCUCUACCCCCGAGCAGCCCUCCGCUGUUCCCUCCACCCCUGGCAGCUUCACUGGCGGUGCCUCCAACGUCCAGCCCGCCUUCGGCUUCCUUGCCGGUGUCGUUGGUCUCAUGGCCCUCUUCUAA